AUGAAGCUUUCCUUCAUCGCCUCGCCGGUCUGGGCUCUCGCCCUCGCCCAGUUCGCCGCCGCAACCCAGGUCAAGAUCGACGUCGACGUCGCCAUCUUCGGUGGUGGUUCCGCCGGCAUCCACGCAGCCAUCCAGCUCCGGGAUGCCGGCGCUACCGUCGCCGUCAUCGAGAAGAAGUCCCAGAUCGGCGGCCACGCCGAGACGUACACAGACCCGCAGGGCAAAUCUACCAACGUCGGCGUCGUUGUCUUUGACAACAUUGAAGUCGCUAGCAACUACUUCGCCCGCCUCAAUGUCUCCAUUGUCAGGGGCAGCCCGCUUGGCACUGCUGGCCCAACGUACACCUACGACUUCACAUCUGGCGCACAGAUCCCUGCUGUGAACACCUCGGCCGAAGCCCAGCAGCAGCUGACGGCUGCGUUGCAGUCGUACUCGACCAACGUCCUGUCCAAGUACCCCUGGAUUGACGAGGGCUUCCUUGUCCCAGACCCUGUGCCAGAGGAGCUUACCAUUCCGUUUGGCGAGCUUGCCCAAAAGUACAACUUUACAGCGCUCAUGCCUACUAUUGCUAUGUACAACUACUUUACAGGCGACCUCUCUACCAUCCCGUCGCUGUACGGCAUCAAGGGCCUUGGCCAGGGUGCACUGAAGAACCUCUUUGGCAGUUUUAUCCUCCCUGCUAGCGGCAAAACCAGGGACUUAUACGAUGCUGCUGCUAUUGAGCUUGGCAACAGCGUGCUCCUGAACGCAGACGUAGUCAAGGUCCAACGCGACGUCCGCAUCAACAGCACCACCACCGGCGUCACUGUCCUCAUCCAGCAGCCCGGCCAGCCGCCUAAGCUCAUCCGCGCCCGCAAGCUCCUGGUCGCCGCCCCACCAACGCUCGAGAACGUUGGCGCCUUCGAUCUCACCGCCGAGGAGAGAGGCCUUAUCUCCAAGUUCUCCUCCCUGGGCUGCUGGGCCUCCGUCGCCAACGUGCCUGGCCUGAACGUAACACUGAAAAACUACGGCGUCCAUAUGCCCUACAAUCAGCCCUCUAUCCCAGGUCCCUACGGCUUCGUUGCGUACGGCUCGCCCAACAACUUCCUUGUGACAGUUGGCCUCCCUGACGCUGCAAACACUGCUGCUAAGGGGGAGGCUGUAGUACGCCAGAGUCUUGCGACGUUGUCGGCUGUAGGCGCCGUACCUGCAGACGCACUGGAGAAGCUCACAUUCCCGUUCUCCGCGGUCCACAGCCCGUACAGCCUGCGCGUGUCGGCAGAGGAGAUCAAGGCUGGGUUCUACAGUAAGUUCCUGGCUCUGGAGGGCGCGCGGAACACGUACUGGACCGGUGCGGUCUGGGCAGGGCACAACAGCGCGCUGAUCUGGAACUUCAACAUGGGCACUGUGUUGCCUGGUCUGAAGAAGGACCUCGGCCUGUGA